CAAAGUUACCGAAGCCCCAAUGAGAGAUCAAAAAUCCCCUGCUCUGCUUCUAAAGCCCUUCCAAAACCCUUUUCUCAUUCUCUCUUUGGAUCAUUACCUCUUUAAUUUAUCAUUACUAUGACCAAGCCGCUGGGUCUGAUCAAAGCACAUGCCUCCAACCCCAAGUUAUGGGUGGUGAUCGGUGUGACUGUAGCCGGGAUCGCCGUGCUGGCGGAGACCCGGCGGCGGAGGCGGAAGGCGGUGUUGAUGAACCGGGAGGACUUUGGAGCAUUCGUUGAAAGAUUCGAGAUUCUUCCUUUCCCUCAGCCUCCUCCUCCAGCCGCCAAGCAGUCUCUAUAUGGCCUCACAUUUGCCAUCGAGGACAUAUUUGAUUUGAAGGAUUAUGUGACGGGAUUUGGGAAUCCUGAUUGGAGGAGAACGCAUGAUGUUGCUGAGAAGAUGGCAGUGGUAGUGACUGCUUUGUUGAAGAAUGGAGCUACUUGUGUUGGCAAGACUGUUAUGGAUGAAUUAGCAAUGGGGAUAACUGGUGAGAAUAUGCAUUAUGGAACUCCUAUCAAUCCCCAAAUGUCAUUAUUUGUCCCUGGAGGUUCUUCUAGUGGAUCAGCUGUGGCUGUUGCGGCUGAGCUUGUGGAUUUUGCUCUGGGUACUGAUACAAUUGGUUGCAUUAGAAUUCCAGCAGCAUUUUGUGGUAUCUUUGGCUAUCGACCAUCCCAUGGGACUGUAUCUAUGAUUGGUGCUAUUCCAAAUUCACAAAGUUUGGACACUAUUGGAUGUUUUGCACGUGAUCCUUCUGUAUUGCAUCGUGUUGGACAUGCUUUACUGCAACUAAAUGCUGUGGAACCUAGAAGAGCAAGGCGCCUCAUGUUUGCUGAUGAUCUUUUUCAGUUGUCUAAGGUUCCCAAGCAGAAGACUGAAUAUGUUAUUAGCAAAGCAAUUGGAAAUCUAUCUGGGUACCAGCUUCCAAAGCAUAUGAACUUGGGUCAGUAUAUUGCUUCCAAUGUACCAAGUCUUAAAGGAUUCUACGAAGAAUCUACAAACCUGCAAAAUGGAACAUCUGCUUUGAAAGCUAUCUCCUCUGUGAUGGUUUCAUUACAAAGAUAUGAAUUCAAAACAAAUCAUGAAGAAUGGAUUAAAUCAGUGAAACCGAAGUUAGCACCUGAUGUCUCUAAUCAUGUUCUUGUAGCUAUUAAUACUAAAUAUGAAAACAUAAAGACAUUGUACAAAAUCAGGUCUGAGAUGCGAGCUUGCCUACAAAGUCUCUUAAAGGAUGAUGGGAUAUUAGUUAUUCCCACAGUUUCAGAUCCUCCCUUUAAGCUUAAUGCAAAGAAAGGGUAUUCCACAGAGUCUCGUGAUAGAGCAUUUAUACUAUCAGGCAUUGCAGGCAUGUCUGGGUGUUGUCAGGUUACCAUUCCCUUGGGAAAGCAUGAUGGUUGCCCGAUCUCUGUUUCAUUUAUCUCGUACCAUGGAGCUGAUAAGUUUCUUCUUGAUACUGUUUUGGACAUGUACUCAUCUCUUCAAGAGCAAGUUGGCAUUGUUUCUAAUUUAGCACCGUUUCCAGAUACCAAUGGAAAUAUGGAUGCGUCUGAACUUCUAAAAGAAAAGGGCAAUGCAGCAUUUAAGGGAAAGCAGUGGAACAAGGCUGUCAAUUACUACACUGAAGCUAUUAAAUUGAAUGGGACAAAUGCAACUUACUAUUGCAACCGGGCUGCAGCUUACUUAGAAUUAGGAUGCUUUCAGCAAGCUGAAGAAGACUGCAGCAAGGCAAUAUCACUUGAUAAAAAGAAUGUAAAGGCAUAUUUGAGGCGUGGAACAGCUAGAGAAUCACUUCUCUUCUAUAAAGAAGCUGCUCAAGAUUUCAAGCAUGCUCUUGUUCUUGAACCACAGAACAAGGUAGCUAGUCUUGCUGAAAGAAGACUCAGAAAACUGAUGAGUUGAUGUACUCUUUUCUCUUCCCCAUUCUCGCAGAAAAUGGUACAGCAUUAUUGAAGAUUCAAUCAAAGGUGUACUUCUUUCAGUACACACAUUUUGGGCAAAAGAAAACAAGAAAGAUUGGUGAACCUCUCGGUUUGUGCAUAGCUUUUUGUUCUAAUCAUUGUAUUUUAAAGGUUUUUUCGGUUCAUGUUUUUCCUUAUUAGAUGAGAUGAAAGACUAUAGUGAAAAGGCAGUAGCUAGUGUAUGUUUAUUGCUCAAAUUUGCUUUUUGGUUCAAGCAAGAAAGGAUGCAGAUUUUCAUCACUUGUAUUUUAAGAUGUACAUAGUACCAUGACUUUUGAAUAUCUAAUGCAAUGGUAGACUCCAUUCGGAUCCAA